UUACCAUCGAAACGUUAUCUAUUGACGUGAAAUAAAUAUUUUUAGCUUUCGGUUCCGAAGUUCCAGGGUGAUGAUUAGAACUUAGCUUACUAUUUCAUUUUGUAGGAGUUAAUCAGUUGUUAGCUAACCAAAAUGACCUUGGAUAAACUUGUUUCCGGGUUACAGUUUCAAAUGCACCAGAAAUAGUCACCAAAAACUUUAAAAUAAAACUUUACUAUAGAUUACUCAACCAUUUUUAGAUUUAAAUGAAAGGUCAUAGUACCAUGUAUUUUAUCUGUAUCUAUUUUUUCUUGAUAUAACGGUGCUCGCACUACUAUCCAGUGAGAGUUUAGGAGGAAUUGGUUCACUGAUCACACCUUUGUCCAUGACUUCAACGUCGUCCUUUGUGCCUUACAUUUUGUUGCCUUCUUAUCGUUUUGCAUUCACAAAUAGAAAUGCUAUACCAUCACUGUGAAAACCAAAUGAACAACCGAGGCCUGGAGGGUUGAGUGCCAUAUACCAUUCGACUGAGUUCAUCGUGUAUGUGUCUGCAUGUGUUUAAGUGUGUACGUAUGUUACAAAAAUGUGCGCUACAUUUUUUCGGUGAUUGCUCAACCGACUUUCACAAUAUUAUGUCGUUUUCGUUUGAUGCCAAACCUAACCCAGUUUCCACCCUAACUGCUAUCAAAUCGUUUGUUUCGAACCUAGUUUUAACCUAAGACAAGACCUGACAACUGGCUUCUUAUUCUUCCUUCCGAAUCAUUCUUCUCGUCAUUUUCGCCCUGUGGAAUAAAUACCAACGUUUCGGGAAUGGAAAGUUACAUUACAAAACUAAACGAUUUGUAAAUAUACAGCCUUGUUCAAUGAAAAAGUAAAUGCAUUUCAAUGUAAUUUUACAUCAAUCUUGAUUUUAAAUCAAAUGUUCGUUUCAACUGAUGUCUGUUCAAUAGUACUAUUGGUUUCCAUGUCGUGUAAGUUUUAUCUUUUCUUUCUGUGUACUUGGAUUCAACUUCUAGUCCCGCAUAUGAUGUUCAGACAGGAAUGACCAUAUAGAAAAAAGUUAUGAAUUUUACCGGUGUCAUAAUUCUACAAACGAUAUAAUUCUUAUACACUACUUAACUUGUCAAAUAACGCAACAUUCCAUUCGUACAGAAUCUUACAAACUCCGAGUGUAAUUUGUCAAUGUAUGGAUUUAUAUGUAUUAAUUAUUCAUUUAGCAGAUAUGUGCUUCUGUGGCUCAGUCGAUAAACUGACGUGCUUUGUGAUCUAAUGUUUCACGGUUCAAGUCGCACUGUUGCUAUCGAUCUCUAAAGUUUCUCCGGAAAGUGGAGUUACACUGGACUAUAUAGCCUGAUAUGAUACCGUCACUAACACCUAUUCGUAACUGUUCUGUAUCUUACAAACAUUGUUAUCAGUAGAUAUCUCAACCCGGUUGUAUUUGAGACCAGUUCGCUGCAUCACACUUAUCGUGACGAAAACAUGCGGCUUGGUGAUAAAACAUCAAGCGUUCUUAUCGGUUAUCAAGUUCAAGUGUGUCCUCUGUUUUGGUGCACUUAUACUUUUCAAAUUGAUUGCGAAACCUGCGAUGAGUGAAUCGAUAUUACAGAAUACAGUCAUAAUCUGGCACAGGUUUCAAACGGACGAUGAGAAUUGCAAUCGGUUGCAAUGAUGGAAAACAACCGUAAAUUGGAUAAGGAAGAUGAAGUAGAUGUUUUUGGAUUUGGCAAAAUGUCUAGCAGCUCUUCGACGUUAUCUACUGGUCGCCCGGUGUCGAUACCUGCACUGGAAGAAUACUACGAUAUGUCGAACAAACGUCGAGGAAUAGCAUUGGUUUUUAACCAUAAGGAUUUCAGCACGAUGUCAACGCGUAAUGGAACCGACAAAGAUCGCGAUAACAUCUGCAACGUAUUAGAAGAUCUGGAGUUCGAAGUCCGCGUGUUCGAUAAUUUUGCUCGCAAGGAAUUAUUGCAAACUCUGAAAGCAGUUUCCGAGGAGAACCAUUCAGAGAAUGAUUGUUUGGCUGUGGUUGUGAUGUCGCAUGGUGAAGAAGGGUUUCUGUAUGCCAGUGACAAAAAAUAUAAUGUGGAAUUUCUGUGGAAACACUUUAUUGGUGACGCAUGCCCUUCAUUGAUCGGAAAACCAAAAAUGUUCUUCAUUCAAGCCUGUCGUGGAGAACAAUUUGAUAGAGGAUCUGUCUUUACAGCAAAGAUCGCCUCCAAAGAUGUGGUUGACUCAAAAAAGGAACAAAUGAUGUUUUCGAUUCCAGCGAUGGCUGAUUUACUGGUGAUGUACUCCACUCCCGAAGGAUAUUAUUCAUGGAGGAACCCUCGAGACGGCUCUUGGUUCAUUCAGUCGCUUUGCAAAGAGUUGAAGGAAAACGGAAAGCUUAGAGACUUGCUGACUCUCAUGACGGGAGUUUCGAGAAGAACCGCCUACGAGUUCCAAUCGUUUGUGCCACACGAUGAACGCAUGGAUGCUAAGAAACAAGUACCGUGCAUUGUUUCCACGCUCACUAAAACGCUUUAUUUCACUAAGAAAUCUAGAAAUAAACUUGAGACAUUUAUCGAAUGUAUAUCCAGUAAAGAUCUAGUGUUCCGUAAGCGACAUUCCCAAUCCACUCUGGACAUUUUAACAGUUUCAUCCAUGGAAGCCCCGAAAUUUAAUACGGAUGACAAUGUUUCUGAAUAUAGUGCAUUGUCCGAACCGUUCUCGGAUUUGGAUGAGUCCUACAUCCUACUGGAUCAACGAAAACGAAAAACUGACCACGGCGAUGGCGAAGGUGACGAAAUGCUUUUGAACCAGUUUACUCCCGAGUUCAGAAUCGCAUACGAUGAGUUGAUAGCUGCCAGGAAGGAAAAUAAGUGUGACAAUGCAGAAAAAUAUUUUGUGAUGGAUGAGGGCUGGAAAGAGCCGAACACAGAGGAAGAAUUUCUAUUAACCGACCCAGGAGAAUUUAGUCCUAAAUUUAAAAAUUUCAUUGAUGAUAUAUUGAAAAAGUGCGAUUUGAAGUACCAUUUAGAGGAAAAAAGGAAAAAAGAAGUCCUGCGAAAAAAGGAUCGUCGCAUUCGACGGGCCCCUUCCGAAGAGUCCAUCAACUCUACCGAAAAUGAUUCCUUAUCCGGUGUUUGGCGAAUGCUCGACGCUGUUUCAGUGGAAAAUGGAUUUCCUAUGUCACACAACUACUAUGACAUCUACGACGAUCGGCGUUUUGACUGGUUGUCUCGAGAUGAAGUACCCUGGAAUCAGAUCGAAACUUCUAAGAAAAAGUGCGAGCACUGGCUGAAAAUGACCCCCACGAAACCGGACAGCAGGCAGUGAAGAAAAGUUGAACGCAAUAUUGUGUUGUUGUUGAAUUAGUUUGCAA